AUGGGUGACGCAGACCGAGUAGCUGUGCCAAGCCCAACAAGUCGCAGCUCAGUGCCUCCCCGCCCAGCGCCAGCGCUUUGGGGCGGAGCCAGGGCCUUGUCUCCGCCCCGCCUAGCGCACCUCUCUGGCCGCCCCUCGCGCCUACGGAACCGCAAGAGAGACAUACAAUUCCCCUCUUCCCCUUUGCCCUGCGUACUGCUCACGCGAGACUUGGACCGGGCAGUGGGGCGGGAAGAGAAUCGGAAACACAACAAACAUGACGGCGGCAGCGGCUGCGACGGUGACGAAGACAGCGGCGGCGGCGGCGGCGGCGGCGGCGUUGGCGGCGGCAGCGGCGUUAAACAAGGCAGUGGGAGUUACUCGGUGCGGUGGUCAGGUGGCAUAACAAAUUGUAAACUUUGAAAGAAAAAAGAAGAAAAGGAUAAAGCAAAGAUGGGUGAAAAGAAACCAGAGCCUUUGGACUUCGUGAAAGAUUUCCAGGAAUAUCUGACUCAGCAGACUCAUCAUGUGAACAUGAUUUCUGGCUCAGUUAGUGGGGACAAAGAAGCAGAGGCUCUUCAGGGAGCUGGAACAGAUGGUGAUCAGAAUGGACUCGAUCACCCAUCUGUUGAAGUUUCCCUGGAUGAAAACUCAGGAAUGUUAGUAGACGGGUUUGAAAGGACCUUUGAUGGAAAGCUCAAGUGUCGGUACUGCAACUAUGCCAGCAAAGGAACAGCCCGGCUUAUCGAACAUAUUAGAAUCCAUACAGGUGAGAAACCUCAUAGAUGUCACUUAUGUCCAUUCGCAUCUGCUUAUGAGCGUCAUCUGGAAGCCCACAUGCGUUCCCAUACAGGAGAAAAACCAUACAAAUGUGAAUUAUGUUCCUUCCGCUGCAGUGAUCGAAGUAACCUGUCCCAUCAUCGAAGGCGCAAGCAUAAAAUGGUACCAAUUAAAGGUACUAGGUCUUCCUUAAGCAGCAAGAAAAUGUGGGGAGUUUUACAGAAGAAAACAAGCAAUCUGGGCUAUAGCAGAAGAGCAUUAAUCAACUUAAGUCCACCUUCCAUGGUGGUUCAGAAGCCAGACUACCUUAACGAUUUUACCCAUGAAAUCCCAAAUAUCCAGACUGACUCCUAUGAAAGUAUGGCAAAAACCACAUCAGCUGGUGGCCUACCAAGGGACCCCCAAGAACUCAUGGUUGACAACCCUUUAAAUCAGCUCUCAACUCUGGCAGGACAGUUGUCUAGUUUGCCACCGGAAAACCAAAACCCUGCAUCUCCUGAUGUAGUUCCCUGUCCCGAUGAGAAGCCUUUCAUGAUGCAGCAGCCCUCCGCCCAAGCAGUGGUUGCUGCCGUGUCAGCAAGUAUCCCUCAGAGCUCCUCUCCCACAAGCCCUGAACCUCGGCCGUCACAUAGUCAGAGGAACUACAGUCCAGUGGCGGGUCCGAGCAGUGAACCAAGUGCCCACACGAGUACUCCCAGCAUAGGAAACAGCCAGCCGAGCACUCCAGCUCCGACCCUGCCGGUCCAGGACCCGCAGCUUCUGCACCACUGCCAGCACUGUGAUAUGUACUUUGCCGACAAUAUCCUUUACACUAUUCAUAUGGGAUGUCAUGGGUAUGAAAAUCCUUUUCAGUGUAACAUAUGUGGUUGCAAAUGUAAAAACAAGUAUGAUUUUGCCUGUCAUUUUGCAAGGGGACAGCAUAACCAACACUAAUUGAAACUAAUCACAUUAUGCUUUACUUGGUUUUACCAUUUUGUGUUUUAUAGUUUUGUUUAUUUUUUUUUCGGGGGGGGGUCAUUCUAAUAAGGUGUCUGCUAAUUUAAAGUCUAUAUAUUUAUAGAAAAGUUUGACAGUGGAAACAAAUUUUUUUUUUUCUAUAAAUAUCUGGUCAGGCUCAUUUAUGUAUUAGAGCAGUGAGACACGCCGGAGUCUGUUUUCUUCCUUUCACUUAGAUGGUUGAGAACUGGAGUGCAGUCCUAACCCUAGCAGGUAUCAUUUAAAUUCCCCAUGCUCGUGGUCCGUAAACACUUCAGAGCUUACUGAUACUUGGUAUUCAACAUACACAUCACAGCUAGAUAUUAUUUCUGCCAUAUUUCAACAUGGUCGAAUUACCAUCUCUUACAAAGUCUGUUGUAAACAGUUGAUUUCAGUGUUUGGUAGAGGAAUUGCCCUUAACCUCGUUCUCUGUCAACGUGCUGUUUUGUUCACAUUGCGGAAUGUUCGCAGUACAUUCCUUUCACCUGAUGAUCACAGAGCUAUUUAGGGUAGCAGAUCCUUUUUUUUUUUUUUUCCCCCUUAAGGGGAAAUGUAAAACAGGUCAUUCUUUUUAAAUUCAAGUUACAAAAAUAUGAGGUAAAAGUUCUGAAGAGAAACAAAACCUAAAUGGAAUGGGUUUAAUACUUAAAAUACCUGUUUAUUUAAUUUCUAAUUUAAAUAUGUGUCAAGUUUUCCAUUGGAUUCUUUUUAUUCUGAUUUCUUGUAAAAACCACAUGAGAAUGCUAGAAACAUCAGAGGAUUAUCUUUAAAGAUGCCUUUUUGUUUUUUCCUUUUAAUUUGAACCUUUAAGUUCUUCACUCUGACGUCAUUAGCGUCAGGUGACUUUGAUAAGUACACUGAGAAUCUCUUAUUCCUCCUAUUCCUUUGAUGACCAAAGAGGUACAGUAGGAGUCAUGCAUCUUAUUCCUUGGAAAUGCAGUCCUUCAAAAGAAAAAAAAAUCUCUGAAGUUUCCAUUUCCUGCCUUCUGUCCACUUACUGCCUAUAAUUUCCAAGAAGAGGUGGGUAUAGAAAUACAUGGGCAAAUAGGAUGGCGAAGUAAUACUUAAAAAAAUGAAAACGUGUCCAAAACAAAUUCCGGUUUUCCCUUCAGAAUUGGCCAUUUAAAAUAUUUUCUGUGAAUUCAGCUUGUAAUGCUUAUUUGCAGUUCUGCCCAUUUUUCAUGGACAGAGACAAAACUAUAUGGAGACUGAGUCAUCGCCUUAGUAGGAAAGGGUACAGAAGUGGGAAAAUAGAUAUAAAAUGCAUUUAAAUGUGAUAUUUGUUUACAAAAAUAAGACUUGCUAAAUCUAGAAUAAUUUUGAAUAGGAGGCUAUUGUUUUUAUAUUGUGUAAUAACUAGCUUACUCUGAAGAGAGCUUGGUCAAACAAUAAAGUAUAUUGUUACUAACUGUGGUUUCUGUGUACUUUGCAAAAGUUUCAUUUUUAAUUUGGUUCAAAUCUUGAAAGUGUUGCUGAUUGGCUUCUUAAAGAGAAUACCCCAACUAUGAAGCAUUUAUUAAGCAAACAGGACCUCCACUCUUCUAUAGUAAAGAAGAAGGGAAGUGUUGAUGGUAGGCAGAAGAAGGUCCACCAGAACCCCCACGGGCCAAGUUAAUGGAUCUUCUGCCCUCCCUUCCAAAUGCUAGAAAGUCAUUAAAAUGAGUUCUCAUGGUUUAACAUCCAGUCGAAACUAACCUCAACAGCAUUGUUCAAAGAGCAGCGAGGAGUCAGUCCAAACUCUAACUCUUUCGACCUUGCCUGAGGCUUCUGAAUCUACAGUUGAGUUUCUCUUGUUGCUUAAAUCACUCAUUGCUUAGAUCAGCUUGAAUGCAACCAUUUCCAAAUGUGGAACUUGGCUCUAGUAUUUAUUUAUUGCCAGAAAGAAACAGGUUGCUGUCAUUUGGAAGAUUCUGUAAUUAUUUUCUUCCUUCUCACUUAUUUUUCACAUAAAAGCAAUACCCCAAGAUAGAAAAAUGAAGGCUUUCAUUAAAAGAGAAAGAACCCUCUUGUUAAAACCAGUUUAUUAACUUUAUAUUCUGGGCCAAAUAGUGACAAACACUUCUUUUCUGGCAACUAAAGAUAGAUAUUUUGAAGGUACAUUUUAAACAGAAAAUAUCUUUUUUUCAUAAUUACAAACUAGAAUGUAUAAUUCUAAUUUUCUUAUGACUUAAAAAGAGCACAGUUGGUAUUCCAAAGGUGUCAAUGCUUGAGAGCUACAAUAAAUUCUAAAUGCACUAAAGUUUUUGAAUCAAAUCUACCUUAUAAACUUUUUUAGUAUUGUAUUUUUAAAAAGAUUUAGGAUUUUAUUUAAAUUUUCUGUGAGUUAAAAUUUUAUACAUGGAAAGAUGAUACUAUCUUCCAUUAAGUGUUGAAUACGUUUCUCCCAUUUUAUUUUUAAUCAGAUAUUUUAUAGAAAUGAGCUGCUAGGAAAAGCUGAACGUGAACUAUUUAUAGUACUUUGCUGUUAACAGGCAAUGUUCUGAAACUAAAUGUAUUUUUGUUCAGUGAACAUAAGUUUAG